CUUUAAAGUAAUCAUCGUUUGAUUGCAAACCAAAUAAUUAAUACGUACUAUAAUGAAUGUUCAAAUCUUCAUUAUUCAUCAGUAGUGACGGGGCAUUAUAAAUCAAAAACGAGCAGUGAGCUGAAAUGAGUGAAUUUCUGGAUAUAACAAUUAGACUAAUUAUCUCUAUUCAGCUUUCUUAUCGCCAUAACGAAUCGGAUUGUAAAAAAUGUCAGCGACACAAAAAUAAAAUUAACUCUUACGCUGCUCUUAGCAAUGUCUAAAUUACACUGUAGUCGGACGUGUUUUAUCGUUGAAAAGAAAAUUGAGAUAAUUAUUCUUUCGAAACAAUAAUUUUGCCUGAUUAGUAAGAAAAAGACUAACCGACAGUGCAACAGAAUCACUGCACAUUUUUAUAAUCUAAAAUAAAAAGAGUAUAAAAAUCAGAAAUAAUCAUAUACGAAAGUUCAAUCGUCAUCUAAAAUCCUACUUUAACACGCUUAUCAGCAUAGCAUGCAAUCCUACAUUUCAUCAUCACUUAUUUAAAAGCACUUGUUUCAGCGCAAACUCGCUUUACAUUCCUUUCCUCUAAAUAACUUUAUCGACCAAUUAAACCUAAUUGAAAAUAUAGUUUUUAUCGACGCCUUGUAUAGGCAAACUAAAGUCGAGCAAUGAUGACAUUCACUAUAAUACAAAUUCCUUCGCUUGAUUUCAUCAUACACAAACCGAUCUUUUCUCAAAAAUUAUCGCUAAAAACUCUUUUUCGUGCACAUUCACAUCACAGCCUCGAAACUCAAUUUAGAAAGUCAUCGAGCAUCAAGUGAAGCUUGCAAGCUCAAGAGAAAGCUCAAGAGAAAGCUUCGCGAGUACGCAGUCAGACAAGAGACGCAAAUAAGUAGAGGGAGGAGGGAGACGUAUGUUCAAUAUAUGCACGCGAAUGCAAGUUGCACGCAGGGGGAGAACCACGUGAGACAAGACACGAGUGUGUAAAGUCGGCUGUAUAGACGGCUAGUGUCAUUGCCACUGCCAGUACCGCGACGAUCGUUUACUUAGAAGCGUAGCUCUGCGAAAAUGAGAGUCGAGGAGAAACGACGGAAACGCGAUUGUUGUCGCUGUGAAUUCAGUUUAGUGAGAAAUCUCGGUUAUUUGUUUGUUUGACAUUGUGUCAGGGGUUUUUUAAAUGAAAAAUUACGCGAAACUGUUGGAUGUAUUGCGAGUUAUAGUUUUUUUGAAGAAAAAUUAACUCCGUUCUAGUUCCAGAUCUUCACGAAAGCACAUCCGCCACAAAUCUCCAUGAUCAUCAUGCAGUCAUCAAAUCUGUGACCGUUGCCCCGUGCCAUGGACAUCCCAGCGUUUCCAGAGCCUCCAGCACCGGUCUCUCGUUCGGUCUCCUUGGACACCCGCGAGUCGCUUGCGCGCCGACGCGGCAACACGAGGGAAGGUCUACGACGGCGUCCGCGUUCGGCCAGCUGGCUGGUGGCGCACAAGCACGCGCCGCGUCGAAGCCGGCGCAGCAAUCACGUGCGGCCUUUCAUCGUCGCCGAAACCGCGGCAGUCGUCGUCGCGGCGGCGAACCGCACCGAGCUCACCCUCACCAUGACCGAGAGCAGAGAGAACCAGUCGCCGAGGACGAUCAAGGAGGACCAGGUGAACGAGGCCGACAUCAUUUGCCGCGCGAGCAUCGAGGCAGCAAAUCAUGACCUGCAACGCGCAGCGACGCCAACUUUUCCCAAGCCGAUAUCAGAGCGUUUACCGCCGAUUCGUUCCGAGGAAACGAGCAACAGCGUCACUGUCACGGCUACCACAGCAGCUACACUGCCUCACAAGACUCUGAAAUCGACUUCUGUGCAAACCAUCGGCCGAAUACUUUACAGACUCAGGGUAUUCCCGACUCUCAAGGACAUCGUCGACGAGGAAAACAAACCUCCCGACCCGAAAAAAUCGCCGAGGCUGUAUCGGUACUUUAGGUUUCUCGGUCGCGUUGCUCUUUGUCAGUUUGGUCUGGCCUGGCUACUGACCUUAUGGGCAGUACUAGGCGCCGGUGCGUUUUACAUAACGGAAGGUCCACGCGAACGGCAGCAGGUCGUCGAGCUCAAGGACAUGCAACGCGACCUCGCAGUGGGUCUCGCGACGGAGUUGCGUCAGCUUCGCGCUGACGAAAAGGAGAUGGAGCCCCUCUGGAGUAACAAAGUCAGGCAAUACGUCGCCAGGCACGAGAAGCUACUACUUAUCGCUGUAAGCUCGGGAUAUGGCGAGGGUGGCAACAACGGACAACUGUGGACCUUUCCUGGUUGUGUCCUGUUCGCUAUCUCUGUUCUGACGACUUUAGGUUUUGGUGCGCCUGUACCUCGAACGAAUGCCGGUCGCACAGUAGCGGUAAUAUUUGCGGCUAUCGGCAUACCCGCGCAUUUUCUGCUGGUACUUAAUCUCGGUCUGUUGCUGGCCGUGAGACUGAAAAGAUACGGCAUUGCCAGAAAAUAUAAAUCCGAGUGUAGAGACCAGGAAACUUUAGACUCCUUGCCCAUGCCUAUGUGGGUCAAGGUUGUACCGUUUGCAGGAAUCGUGGUGUACUACAUCCUAGGCAUUCUGUGUUUCGGAGUUGCUCGGAUGCGGCCCUUUUCCGACAGUUUGCUCUACCCGCUAGACUUCACUGCGGCGGGAGGUCUCUCGACGAUAACCGGCUACGUUCGCAUCCUGUACGGUUUAUUUCUCGAAGGUGCCGUCACCCUGGCCGCGAUGGCCGUUGCUGUGCUUAAAGUUUCAGCAACGCAGAGCCUCACCAAUGUUGGUCUUAAAUACGGCCUGCUCGUACCAGCGUAGUGAAAAAACUCUAUUGUGAGGAGGUGAUUUGGAUUUUCAACUGUGUUCUCAGUAUUUUAAGAUAGAUGGCAUGGAAUUGUUUAAUUGCAAGACUGUGAGGGCGUAUUUUUCUAGACUUGAAUGCAGUUGCGUGAAACUUGUGAAGUUGACGCGAUUUGUUUUAUAAUGCCAGUGAAAAACCAAAAUAGACGGAAUAGACUAAAGCUGUUUCAAUAAAUCAAUACUAUCGUUCACAAUGUUAUUUUUAACAGACAAUCAUUGAUUCCAAACGUGUUAUUGUUUAUCUCAUAAAUUAGUUUCUAGCUUGUGAUAAAUCAUACAAUGAUCGCAACUUAAUACGCACAUGUAGAAAAUACAAUACACUAAUCAGCUUUAGUCUUUCCUAAAAUUUAUAAACACUGUAUAUGUUAUGUUUAGGUCUACCUUAACCAUGAUAAAAUAUACGUUUAAGUAUAAAAUAUAUCACAACUAAGCAGUCGUAAAAAAUUAAGGCUGAAUCUAAAAGAUUGUUAUACUUCUUUUUUACAUUUGAGAAUAUAGUAUUUUGUUCGGAAUUGUAAAUAAUUUGUAUAAGUGACAACUAUUAUUGUGCAUAAUUUUUUAAAGCGCGUAUAUAUUAGGAUUUAUAAUAUAAAAGGUGUAUCUUAAUCGUCAUUGCGUAUGGUACUCGUUUUAUGUAAAUUGGUGGUACACAGUUGUUAAAAAUCUACGUAAAUCAAUGCAUUCAGACAGUUUUAUAACAAAAUAGAUUGCUUUGUAAUCGAUUCUUUCAAUGUAUUUAACGUGGACUGAUGUAGCAUUACUGCAGUCAAACAACAUUCAAGGAUGCAAAUGUUCUACAAAGCACUGAUUUUUAAAAAUGAUUGGUUUAAAGGUUGUAAAUAAUUUUCUCUUGUAAUUGAAUAACAUAUUUUAUUCGUUCAAAUCAUAUUUUCUAUGAUUUUUAUAACAAAAAGUUAACUGUACAGAUGUUUGACGCCUAUGAUUUAUGUAACUAAAUAUAUAACACAUUCCACCAUUGAAAUAAAGGAUCGAAGAUUCUUGACGAGUUUUUAGGGAACAAGUUGUAUACAACAUACACGAUGUUAACAAAAAGGUGUUCUUUUCAAUUUAGUAAGCAAAAACGAAGAUAAAAAAGCGAUGCCCAGUCUACUCCUUUUUUACCUUCUUAAUUAUUAUUUGAUCAUAAAAGCACCUGAAUAAAGAUAUUGUAAUACAUAAGAGAAUCAUCUGUAUUCAACUGAUUAAAUGGAACAGCCGUUUAAAAAGCUUGAAGCUUGACAGUCUACUGAAUCAUAAAUCAAAACUCAAAAAGAAGUUAAAUUUAUUGUUGAUUGGUUCAAAAUAGAGCUUUUUUAAUACGUUGAAACUCUGGCGUGUACAAACUGGAAAAAAUCGUCUUAUUAAUAUUCAACGAUCGAAAGAUUAUUUUACAAUUUACAAUUCCACAAUUGUUACAGCGGUCGAUCAAUAGUAAUAAAUAAUGGCUGCUCAUCGAUUAUUCAUUAAAAGUGGUAUUACGUCUUUCCAGAAAUAAAAUCAUUUGGCAACAUAAUAACAAUAAGAUCUUUGGAGGCUUUCAUUACUUGUACGUAUGUAUAACAAUCAGACAUUUGCGCACGCUAACAUCCACAAAUAUCGAUAUUUUCUGUUCCCAAGCAGUUUGUGGGUCGAUUAUGAAUAUAUUUAUGGCAUUUUUUGUCGUUCGCUCUUUUCAUCGUGGUCGUCAUCGUCGGACACGUCCUGCGGUUUAUCAGCUGGAUUACUUGGUGUAGAGGAUUUCGUCUUUGUUUGAAUUUUUUGAUCAGUUAAGGCUUCUCGAAUGGAUUCCAUCAGAUCAAAAGGCUCUGUGUAACAUUGCUUUGUACCUGAGAAAGUAGUUAAUUUUUCUAUUGGUAAAUGAUAAUAUUAAUGAA